AUCAAAGACACUGCAAGGCAUUGCCAAGCGUGAUCAUAUGGAUCUUGUUUUGCAAUAGUAUUAGCAAGAUCUAUUCCUUAAGUGGCACAUUUAGCGGGCGAUCAGGUAAACACAUCAUUUGCAUGACGGCAGUCCUGCCACCUCUAGCUUUGCUCGUACGUGGCAUGUGGCACUAUGGGAGAUUGGAUAACAAAUGUGGCUGUCGGGUUUGAUAAGAACACCGAGGACAUACCAGCACCACCUGAUAUAUUCGAGCGUGGACCGAUCAAUCAGCGCCAUAAUGCCAUGGAUGCCCGAGCCAGUUGCACGAAAAUGAAUAGGGAUAACGACAGGGCAAUACUGCUCAAGCGGAUGCAGAUACAAUCCCAUCAUCAGCGUCCUAUGCACUAUGGUUCCCAGAUCUUGAAGGUUGGCUUUGCAAGUACCACGGGGUGGAAGGGCCAGGCAAUGGGGAAAGUGCGGUACUCUGUGGCACUAUUUUGGGAUCUCAGGCAACGGGGUGUCACCGAGAUCAUCGUCGGUACUGUGGGAAAAGCCCACCACAGCACGCUUUAUAAGAUACGGUACAAGUCACCAUACUGGCUUGAUGACGGUGCACCUUCUGAUGGACGCGAGGUACACGCAGAAUCGGAUGCCUGGAAGUGCACUUGGAUGAGCGACGAGAAACGCAGAGUCAGGCCCAGUCUUGGCUUUUGCAAGUCGGAGAAUCACCUGAGGCUGUGCUUUCUCAUAUGUUUCUCCGGAGCAUAUAUAGUGCACGCCACGGUGGAAGAACAAGACGCGGCGUCCAUCAGAAGACCGGAUAAUAACGAAGUGUCACAAAAAGCCUCGGUUGCAAUGUGCGAAGCAGAAGGCAGUAUCCUCAAGGUUGAUGUAUUUCGUACCCGUCAUCAAGCCAGUAUGGUGACUUGUACCGUAUCUUACUGGAUAUGUCAGAUCAUGAAGGGGUGCAAGAAAAACCACUUUGUCAAAACCAUGGCUCUACCUGCGUUCAAAUCUGUCAUAAAGGCCCUCGAAAAGGAAUGUGAUAUAGUCGCCGGCCGCAUCAAAUCUCAGCUACAAGAAAUGAAUUCUCCUGGGACGCCUUCGAAACACCGUACUCGCCCUUCUACCCCGCCACAGAAGUCUCCAUACAAGUCCGCCAUGAAAGCCAAAACACAGGAUGUCACGCCAGCAAAGGCCCUCACUAAAGCUACCGACGAUGAUCUCGGUGACACCCCGUUGCCUGAGAUCCCAACUGAAAGACGUCGGGUUGAGUCACCUUACCAACGUGGCGCAAGCGUUUCACCAACAAAACGCACAAUAGUGCCACAGAGUACCGCACCUUCAAUAACUGCAUUUGAGCAGGCUGUCAGGGAAGAUUCUACCCCACGCCACGAACAGCAAAAGUUUGUGUUAUCCAUUGCCAUAUUUAGUGACUUACUUUCCCCAUUGCCUGGCCCUUCCACCCCGUGGUACUUGCAAAGCCAACCUUCUAGACCAGUUGAAGAGUCAGCCGCCGUGGCAGUCGAUGGACAGCCAUUGGAGCCCUCCUAG